AUGCCGCUUCCUGUACGUGAAGGUGCCCAGCUCCAGGAGCUGCUGGAUCAAGCCGAGUCUGGCAGCGUCCAGCGCGCGUGGAUGUUCCUGGACAGCAGAUGUUCUCCCGUGGCAUUCGCUUUCGCAGCUGCGCGACGACUGCUGCAGGAACGGCUCUCGUGCGUGCUGCAGGAAGUGCAGCAGCUGCAGCAGCUGUUGCCGCCGCUGCAGCAGCUGUACGACGCUGAUCCUGCAGACGUCAGCAGCGUACAGUACGACCUGCUGGCCUGCCUCUGCCUCUUCGGGCAGGCUGCUCAACCUGCAGCCAAUGGGGAGCUGUCGCGUCACGUGGUGCGUGCGUCGUGGGACAUCGUGCGCGUGUGCAUGACACUCCUCGGCGCCGACAUUCUCCCGGCCACCGUCGAUCAAGACCACCCCGCGGGGGAAGAGACGGCAGCCUCCACCGCCAUGAUCAUCUGUCUCGACUGGAUCACUUGCUACACCACAGUUAGUCUUGCCACUGAGGUACCUGUAGCCUGUAGGUACAGCUCCGGUACCUCCUGUGGUUCCUGUAGGUACAGCUUCGGUACUCCCACUGGUACCUGUCCAACUCCGGACAGGUUCCGGCAGACAGUGGAGGAGAGCGAGCAGCGCUACCAGAGCGUCCUGGUGGGGAGCCUGAAGGAGGUUCGUGAGGCUACCGAGGGCGUCUUGCUGCUGAAGGAGUGCAAGCCUCUACUCACGAGGCAGGCUCUUGUACCUGUCUUCUGCACCAUGAUCGAACAGGUGCUGGAGAUGAUGGAGCAGGACCUGGAUAGGGUGGAGAGGCAGUACGUGUCCAGGGUGCUGGGGGAACAUGGGGACAAGUUCUCCCCCAGCGACCUCGCCCUCUGGUGCGUCAAUGCCAAGAGUGAACUGCACGCCAAGCUUCAGGUGGUGCUGGAGGCAGGGGGUCUGCCUCACAGCCCCCGCGUGGACGCUUGUCAGCGCUGCUGGGCGCGGACGUCAGCGCUGCUCAGCGGCGCCGUCCAGCUGCUGCACGCCGCCUGGACGACGCGCGUCGUCAGCUCAGCGCCCACUGGACGGCUGGACCAGCCCGUCCUGCGCUGGAUCACACGCGACAACAAGCACUUCCUUGCGCCCAACUUUGACCCGGACGUGGCGCGAUGCCUGCAGGAGGCGCGGGUGUGGCGCAGCCUGGGCCAGCGUCUGCCUGACGCGGUCGCCUGCUUGGACGAGACGGCGCUGCAGCUCGCGCGCAAGCAGGUGGAAGAUGCGGCAGAGCAUUUCAAUGCCAUCAUGAGCCGUGUGUCUCAGGACGAGAUUUGGCUUUUCGACUAUUCUAUUCAAUUGGUAGUAGCUGCAUUGUUUGUACCACUCACAUCCCUCACUUGGAACCAUCGAAGUGGUAUUCCUAAAGCUCUUCGUCUCAGUUCCACGGCCGUGACUCAGUUCUCUGAUCUUCUUGAAGAAUACAUCAGGUUCAACGAAAAAUUUUACCAGCGAGUGGCCGAAAUCAGAACGAUGCUUCUAUACAAGAAAGAAGACGAGCUUCUGUUGACUGAUGAUGAAUUCAUUAAAGACUUCUUGAAGCAAAUAAACGCGAUGAUCACUCACGUUAGAAAUAUCGCUGGAGAGGUCGAGAAUGAUCUGCACGCGUUGUAUGCUAAAAUUAUCAAUGACGAUGCAACGCAGAGAUCUAAAGCAUCGUGGAGUGCAUACGUGCAAAAAGUCGAUGACAUGUUCCUGGCAGGACAGAAAGAAAUGCUCAAAAACACCAUGAUUUACCUGGAAAAGAUGCUAGUUCCAUCCGAAAGCUUUGGUCGACCUGACGCGCCGUUAUUUAACCUCAGAAUUAAGCUUAUCAAAGGCAAGAUCACAACAUGUCCGUUGAUUGACAAUCUUUGGCAAACCAUCACACAUGCGACCAAGUCUUCCAUCACCGAGGAUGAUUUCAAACUCAAAGUUCAACUAAGCGAGUACAAGAAACAACUUUCAGUGAAAGCCGAGGAAUUGAAAUUCAAAUUUGAUGGUGUGGAGGAAACACUAAAACAAGAGUUCCCUCGAACCAUGCAGAAGGAUCACAAGAAAGCGCUGGACUUGUGUCUCACUUUGGACAAGUUUGUGGAACUUGCAGUAUCAGGACUUCAACCUUUGGAAGUUGGUCAGGCCAACAAAUGGGGAAAACUCCUCGACCAAAACGCCCUCUUCAACUCGCUCACAGCUGUUGGCCGAAACUUAUUUUUUUUUUGGUUUGUUUGUUCCAGUUACCUUCAGGUUCAGGUAUCAGGUCCUCAUCGAGUGGCUCUAUGCUUUGCUUUGGCGUUGUGGUACCAAGUCCAUCUUGAAUGCGUUAACCUAUCACAAAUAAAGGUCUUCUCAACCGAACGCACAUCCAGUGGUGUUAUCUCUCCACUAUUGUGGCUUGGCGACGAAAAAUGGUCCAAAAUCUUGCAUCUUGAAAAACUAACUGAAUUUAAAAGCUUGGCAGCUAAUAUCCACACAAAUCCAAGCGCUUGGUUUCAUUGGUAUACGUCAGAUUACGCCGAAACUCGUCCUAUGCCUGAUCCGUUCGAUAAGAAACUCGUCGCUUUCUCUAAGUUACUGGUGCUGGCGAAGCUUAGACCCGAUCGCCUUUUAGAAGCUGCGGAAAAUUUUUCAUUUAAAAUUUUCAAAGCUAAUAGCAGCGUUACCACAGAUACCAUCCAAAGAGCCGUUCUCAAUUGCCAGAAAUCGACAGCAAUCUAUCUUUCUUUACCUAACGACCUCGAGCUGAGGAGUUACUUCCGGCAACUCUUCACACUUUGCUACCCACUAGCUGAGCUGACAAAUUCAUCAAUCCUGAUUCAUCAUCUUGCUGCAGAGCGCUUGAGGUUGAUAACAGAUAACAUUCGUAGUGCCUCUUGUAAAGGACAAUGGGUAAUUUUGUGGUGCGAAAGAUAUUCUGAUCUCGAAAUAGAACAGAUUCUGAGUAUUCUCGGAGAGGCAGAGAUCUCCAGAAGCCAUAAGAGGUUCCAAACUUGGUUUGCAUCAUCGGACCAUGAUAUUGCUCGAGGAGAAGUUCUUUCGAAACUACUCCGAUUUAGUAUCUCGAAAGCAGAAUCUAUCAGAGGCUGUGUAGUAGAGCACUUCUCCUUACUGGGAGAUGGGAAGCUUGCGAUGUACACAACUGAUGAAUCCAAGUGGUACUUACUCGCUCAGACUUUGUGUCACUUGUCGAUGAAGGCUCGUCAAGAAUUUGAAGAAGAAAACUUUCUACAAAACAUAGCUGAUGCGCACUGGUGGGAAGCUGAAGCUAUUGUUAGGUCAUUAGUUACUACUGAAAAUAUGGUUCUUCCUUCCUCAUUGAUUGAAAAACUCGAGCAGGUGUACGCUCCGACAGUAGUAACGCCAAUGAUGAAAAUCGUCAUUCAGCGUUUGUUAGAAACUUUUUUUGUGGAUGCGAGUCGUAUUCCUGAAAGGAUUCCGUCGUUCACUCACUAUUCUGUGCCUACAGGGUUUACUUUGGACUUCCACAAGUCGAAUCUCGAAUUCAUCUACAAAGCUACGACUGACGUCCUCAGCUUUUGUUCGGCCAAAGCAAUCAACGAAGUCCAGAAUCAAGAAGCGGAAAUUUUGCUGAACACUGUACAAGAUCUUUUCGGCAUUAUUAGCUCUGACACUUGUAAACAUGAUGAAUUUCGGCGUGACAUUGUGAACAUCAUAACAACUUUAGAUAAACAGCGCCUCAGCGCAACGAAUCCAAUGUUUGAUGUUCUGCUACAAGAAUUAACUAAUUACAAGCGGAGAGCCCGAAUUAUAUUGCAGGCCCUAGAAUUGAGGUCUUCUACCAAAGAUAUUUUGAAAUUAAUAAAUGAAUUACUGCACAGAUCUUCAUCGGAACGAGACAAAAUGAAAGGAAACUUGAAUAACAUCUUAUACAAGCGACUGAAUCAAUUCAAGGAAAGUGGUCACUACCUCGAUGGCUUAGCACUAACCAGAGUCCCGUUGACGAGGCUAGACCUACGUCAUUUCUCCAAUCCACUCCCCGCCUUUUCGAGACUUAUUCAAAACGUCUAUCCGGACCUUCUGGCGCGCGAAAAAGACGCCCAUUUUAUCAUGGACUUGAUAUACGUGCCCCAAGAAUUUCGUACAGAUGAUGUAACGCCACCAAAUUGCAUUGCUCUCGACAACAUGUGCAUUCUGAACGCAACUUUGGAUGUUCAAGAAGAAGUUUUAACAUUUCCAGAUAAAGCGUCCGUGCUGAAAAGCAGUGAAGUAACCAGUCUGUUCGUCGCUCCGCGGAUUUCCGAAGUUGGUAUCAAUAUCAAUACAAAGUCAGAUUCUUGGUGUGAAAUUCCGGUUUACUUGACAGACAGCCUCGCAUCUGAUCCGGCGCUAUACCUCUUGAUGCCCUCAUCUAUAUCGACAAAAUUAUUGACACUACACAGAGUCCGCGUCUGCAUACGAUGAAUCUCACACGCAAAAAGUGCGGGACCGUGCGGCGCACAUGAAUUUCAGAGGUGGGCAGUAGUGCGCUGCAUGUAGCGGU